UACAUAUAUCGUUUCCAUUUAAUAUAUUCGCUUAUUGGUUCCUUCUCAAUGUUACGCCCCUUCUCUUUUAAAUCUUCUUAUUUUCUCCCCUAUCUAUAUCUACUAAAUGUAAUACAUAUGUACUUCCUUCCAUCCUUUUUUUAUUUUUUUUUCUGUUAAAAUAAUUUUUUUUAAUUUUUAUUUAAGAAAUAUUUUGAGGAAUGUGCCAUAUUUUUAAAUUAAAGAAUAUUUAAUAAAAAAAUUCCCCAAUGGACCCAGAAAAAUUUAAACAAUUUUUCACAACUUUAUUAAUUGCUAAACAACAACAAUUUAAAAAUAUUAACGAAUCUGGGCAGGAAGAAAAUAAGCAAGAAAUUUUAAACGAAGCUUCUUGUAGUGAACAAUUAAAAGAAGAUGAAACAAAAACAACAACAUUUACUCCCCCUCCCAAUCCUCAAUCCCCUCCUAGCUCAAAAGAAAUUCAAAACAAAAAUAUUUUCAAUUCAACAUCAACAUCUGUUGCUAUUAGCAAUGAUGGUAUUAAUGAAGAACAACCAUUAUUGCCCAUGUCGCAGCAAAAUUUGCCGACGAGAGGGUAUACCUCAAUUAAAUUUGAAGAAGACAAUGAAAAUUUAAUAAAAGAAGAAGAGGUUAAUGUGCCGAAUAUUUUUUCUCCUCCAAAUGAAAAGGAAGAAGAGGAAAAAUAUAAUGAAAAUAAUAAUAAAUCUGACUGUAAUACAGAAGAACAGACGGGGAAUGGGCAUGAAAAUAUUAAUGAUUUAAAUGGUGGAAAUGGAAAGGCAAAAUAUAGGUGUGGAUUUAGGGGAAAUUUAGUAUAUUUUAAAUAG